UAGACUGCUAUUGUAGUGGGAUGGGACGUCGGGAUAGGCUGGGUGUGAAAGAGAUUCUGCCACCCAAGAAUCUCUGAUAACACUAUUCAAGAAAUUUUUUUUUAUUAUGAAUGAAAAAUGGGAACCAUUUUGAUCCAUUGAUAAUCAAUCUGUUUUCAUUCAAUUUCUUCCAUUCAUUUUUUGUUUUUGGAGAUUUGGUAUAGUUUUAUUUUUGUGAUACUCUGAGAAAAAAAAAAAUCUGUCCUUUUCUUCAUAGGUACCCAGUCACUCACCACCCACCACCACCAGAUCUUGAAGCCAUAGUUUUCUUAUUAUUUUUUUUUAUUAUUUUUUACAUAUUAUAUAAUAUAUACAACCAGCAUAUAUUAUUCAUACAGAGACAAAAAUUCACUAUAUUGUCACCAACCCACUUCUCCAUUUAUUCCACAGAGCACAGAUAAUCUCAUUCUUCAAACUCCUUUGCUUCACCAACCUCUCCCUUCUGGUUUAACCCAGAAGGAAGGAGAAAAGGGAAAAAGAGCACUUCUUUUUUCUGUGUACAUCACACUCAUGGAACGUGCAAGGCGCCUGGCUAACAGGGCAAUCCUGAAGCGGCUGGUGAAUGAAUCCAAGCAAUGCAACCACCAGGGCCGCAAUGAGUCUGCAACUCUGUUAAACUCUUCUUCUCCUGUUUUGUACAGUCCUUCGAGGUAUGUCACAUUGUUGUCAUCUUUUGCUUCUAGAAAUCCCAGAUCAGGGAUGUUGCUAGGAGGUAAAAAUAUUGUAUUCCAUAAUGUUUUUGCUGGUUAUUAUGGUGUUGGGUCACAAGUUCGAUCCAUAUCUGUUGAGUCUUUGAAACCCAGUGAUACUUUCCCUCGCCGCCAUAACUCUGCCACCCCAGAGGAGCAAUCCAAAAUGGCUGAGUUAUGUGGGUUUGAUAAUCUUGAUUCGUUGAUAGAUGCAACUGUGCCUAAAUCUAUUAGAAUUGAUUCAAUGAAGUUCUCAAAGUAUGAUGAGGGGCUAACUGAGAGUCAAAUGAUUGAACACAUGAAAAAAUUGGCAUCAAAGAACAAGGUUUUUAAGUCAUAUAUAGGGAUGGGGUAUUAUAACACACAUGUUCCACCGGUUAUUUUGAGAAAUAUAAUGGAGAAUCCGGCUUGGUACACACAGUACACGCCUUACCAAGCUGAGAUAUCUCAGGGGAGGUUGGAGUCCUUGCUUAAUUAUCAAACCAUGAUUGCGGAUCUCACUGGAUUGCCCAUGUCAAAUGCUUCAUUGCUUGAUGAAGGGACUGCUGCUGCUGAGGCCAUGGCUAUGUGUAAUAGUAUCCUAAAAGGGAAGAAAAGGACUUUUAUUGUUGCAAGCAACUGUCACCCACAAACUAUUGAUAUCUGUAAGACUAGAGCUGAAGGUUUUGACCUUAUGGUAGUUACUAUGGAUCUUAAGGAUAUCAAUUACAAAAGCGGUGAUGUUUGUGGGGUUUUGGUUCAGUAUCCGGGUACUGAGGGUGAAAUUUAUGAUUAUGAGAACUUUAUUAAGAACGCUCAUGCUAAUGGGGUUAAGGUCGUUAUGGCAACGGAUUUGUUGGCACUAACAGUGUUGAAGCCUCCUGGUGAAUUGGGGGCUGAUAUUGUUGUUGGAUCAGCUCAGAGGUUUGGUGUUCCAAUGGGAUAUGGAGGUCCUCAUGCAGCAUUUUUGGCUACCUCACAAGAGUACAAAAGGUUGAUGCCUGGAAGAAUUAUUGGCGUUAGUGUUGAUUCUUCUGGGAAGCCUGCUCUGCGUAUGGCGAUGCAAACCAGGGAGCAGCAUAUUCGCAGGGACAAGGCUACCAGUAACAUCUGCACUGCUCAAGCCUUGCUUGCAAACAUGGCUGCUAUGUAUGCUGUCUAUCAUGGACCUGAAGGCCUUAAAGCCAUCGCACAAAGGGUUCAUGGUCUUGCUGGAGCCUUUGCUCUUGGACUGAAGAAACUGGGAACAGUGGAAGUCCAGGGCCUUCCCUUCUUUGACACUGUAAAAGUUAAGGGUGUUAAUGCACAUGCAGUAACUGAUGCUGCAUACAAAAGUGAGAUAAACUUGCGAGUCGUAGACGCAAAUACUAUCACUGUUUCCUUUGAUGAAACAACCACCCUGGAGGAUGUUGAUAAACUUUUCAAAGUUUUUGCCAGUGGCAAGCCUGUCCCAUUCACUGCUGCAUCUCUGGCAUCAGAAGUUCAGAAUGCAAUCCCUGGUGAACUAAAAAGGGAUAGCCCAUUCCUGACCCACACAAUCUUUAACACGUACCAUACAGAGCAUGAGCUGCUCAGGUAUAUCCAUAGGUUACAGUCGAAGGAUCUAUCUCUGUGCCACAGCAUGAUUCCACUGGGAUCUUGUACAAUGAAACUGAAUGCAACAUCUGAAAUGAUGCCAGUAACAUGGCCUAACUUUACUGACAUUCACCCUUUUGCUCCUACUGAACAGGCUGAGGGUUAUCAGGAAAUGUUCAAUGACCUGGGCGAAUUAUUGUGUACCAUUACUGGAUUUGACUCAUUCUCAUUGCAACCAAAUGCUGGUGCUGCUGGAGAGUAUACUGGGCUGAUGGUUAUUCGUGCAUAUCAUAAGUCAAGAGGGGAUCAUCAUCGCAAUGUGUGCAUUAUACCUGUUUCAGCACAUGGGACAAAUCCUGCUAGUGCUGCCAUGUGUGGAAUGAAGAUUGUUGCUGUUGGAACUGAUGCAAAGGGAAACAUUAACAUUGAAGAGCUUCGGAAGGCUGCUGAAGCCAAUAAGGACAACCUAUCAGCACUUAUGGUUACAUAUCCUUCCACUCAUGGAGUUUAUGAAGAAGGUAUUGAUGAGAUAUGUAAGAUAAUUCACGACAAUGGAGGUCAAGUAUAUAUGGAUGGGGCUAACAUGAAUGCACAGGUGGGUCUGACAAGUCCUGGUUUUAUUGGAGCUGAUGUUUGCCAUCUCAAUCUCCAUAAAACAUUUUGCAUUCCACAUGGAGGUGGUGGCCCUGGCAUGGGUCCUAUUGGUGUGAAGAAACACUUGGCACCAUUUCUACCUUCACAUCCUGUGGUAUCUACGGGUGGCAUACCAGCCGCCGAUAAAACUCAGCCAUUGGGAACCAUUGCAGCAGCACCAUGGGGCUCUGCACUUAUCUUGCCGAUAUCUUAUACUUAUAUAGCAAUGAUGGGUUCUAAAGGAUUGAUGGAAGCUUCGAAGAUUGCCAUCUUGAACGCAAACUACAUGGCAAAGCGUUUGGAGAAUUACUACCCCGUUCUUUUCCGUGGUGUAAAUGGAACAGUUGCCCAUGAAUUCAUUGUGGACUUGAGAGGCUUUAAGAAUACUGCUGGGAUCGAGCCAGAGGAUGUUGCCAAACGUCUCAUGGACUAUGGAUUUCAUGCACCAACAAUGUCAUGGCCUGUUCCAGGCACCCUUAUGAUUGAACCCACUGAAAGUGAAAGCAAGGCUGAGUUGGACAGAUUCUGUGAUGCUCUCAUCUCCAUUAGGGAGGAAAUUGCACAGAUUGAGAAAGGAAAAGCUGAUAUCCACCACAACGUCCUAAAGGGAGCUCCUCAUCCACCAUCUUUGCUAAUGGCAGAUGCAUGGUCAAAACCAUAUUCUCGGGAAUAUGCAGCCUUCCCUGCGUCUUGGCUCCGGGUUGCGAAGUUCUGGCCCAUUACAGGUUUGUGUUUUGAUUUUAUUUUUUAUUUGUCUUUCUUGAAAGUUAAUUGCCUUGUUAAAUCUUUUAGGAUUGCCAUCGUUUUUGCUUUCUGUUUCAAGGACCAGUCUAGUUUCUUCCUUUCAGAGAAAAUAAAGCUAUAUCAGACUGGUGGUCAUUUCUUCAAGUUCUAGUCAUGUAGAAUUUAGAUCAACAAUGACAUAGUGAUAUAAUCAUCUGAAUGCACUUGGUUAUCCAUCUUCCAUAUUUAGAGAUUGCAAUUUCAAUAAUUUUUGUGAUUAGUGAAUAAUUUGUCUAUAGCAUGGAAUUGGAAGUACCGUGUCAGUUCAAUAUACAUGUGUACAUGUUGAUAGCUCUUCAGUUUUACUGAUGACUCCAUCUGGGAACUGUUAUUGCAGGACGCGUGGACAAUGUGUAUGGUGACCGCAACCUUAUCUGCACCCUUCUUCCAGCAUCACAGUAUGUGGAAGAACAGGCAGCAGCUACUGCUUAAUCUGCAUAUAUGUGUUCCUCCUUGUGAGGCUGCCUUAUGAACAGAAAGUCAAAGAAUCAUCACUUUUACUUGUUUGUAUGUAAGUUUUCCAUAUGCAUAUGCUCAUUGCUGCUGGAACCAUUCAUUUAUCAAUGUACUAAUAAUCUGCUGUAUUUAAUAACAAUUGUUGCUAAUUGCAACAAUUAACUUCUGUAA